AUGGACAGAUCUGGCAGUCAAUCCGCAGCAUCAGCGGCGUCGGAACUUGCUGACAGUCGGGGUUUUGUGGGGCCAAUAUCGGAUGCCCAUGACCACGGAAAUACUGACGAGAAAAAUACCUCAAAAGCAAAGGAUUCAAAUGGUUUCUUCUCGAAGGUGAGUUUAUGCAUCGCCACUGUUUUACCUCCAGGCGGCAUUGCGGCGAGUGCUUUCAACAUGGCCUCAACAACUCUUGGCGGCGGUAUUAUUGGGAUGCCAGCAGCAACCAACAGCAGUGGACUUGUUAUGGGAUUAUUUUAUCUCAUGCUCAUUUCCUCCGUAACCGUUUUUACAAUGCACAACCUUUCCAUUGCAGCGGAGCGCACCAACACCCACACGUUUGAGGAGGUGACUCGUGUGCUUCUUGGCCGUGGGGCUGCAUAUAUUCUCGCUGCUAUCCGAGCAUUCCUUGGGUUUAGUGCCUGUGUUGCUUUUGUUAUAUCUUUGGGGGAUAUUAUGUCUUCUAUUCUAAAUGGCACUAAUGCACCGGAUUUUUGGAAAGAAAAAUCAGGUAACCGCGUCUUGACGGUAAUAGUUUGGGCAUGUUGUAUGCUUCCACUUGUGAUACCGCGACAUGUGGAUUCACUUCGUCAUGUUUCCACCUGUGCCGUUACUUUCAUGGUGUAUUUUGUCAUUGUGAUUGUUGUGCACUCGUGUCUAAAUGGGCUUCCGGAGAAUAUUAAGAGCGUUAGUGUUGGAAAGAGUGAUACAGCUGAAAUUAUCCUUUUCAACACCGGAAACAAGGCAAUUGAAGGAUUGGGAGUAUUUAUGUUUGCCUUUAUUUCGCAAGUUACAGCAUAUGAGGUCUAUGUGGACAUGAAGGAUCGCUCCGUGCGUAAGUUUGUUAUCGCAGCCACCGUAGCCAAUGCACUUUGUUUUGUUUUGUACGCUCUAACGGCCUUUUUCGGUUACAUGGACUUUGGCCGUGAUGUUACCGAUUCAAUUUUGCUCAUGUACGAUCCCGUGAAUGAACCCGAAAUGAUGGUUGCAAUGGUUGGCAUAUUGGUGAAGUUGUGUGUAUCGUAUGCACUGCUUGCCAUGGCACUUCGCAAUUCAUUGUACAGCAUUGUUGGAGUAACUGCGGAUAAGCUGCCUUUUUGGAAGCAUUGCGUUACAGUUUUGGUCUUGUCUGGUAUUAUUCUCCUUUUAGGGCUAUUCAUCCCAAAGAUCAAUACAGUAUUCGGUUUUGCUGGUUCCAUUACUGGUGGCUCACUUGGUUUUAUUUUUCCCGCGCUGCUUGUGAUGUAUUCGGGUGACUUCACAUGGCAGAAGGUGGGUCCUGCAUAUUACAUUGCAACUUACUUACUUUUGGCAGGCGGCGUGUUUGUCAUCGUAUUUGGCACCGGUGCCACCAUUUGGGGCGCUGCUGUGGGUUGA